AAUUCUUCCUUCAAUAAACUGGAAGCAGAAGAAAGAGAAAAGAACCAUCUGCCAUGUCAAGCAUUCCCGAAGAGGUGUACCUUGAAAUCCUUGUGCGGGUACCAGUCGAAACUACGUUCAUAUGUAAGUGCGUUUGCAAAUCUUGGCUUGUCUUAAUAUCAAACCCUAACUUUGUCAAAUUUCACCUUAGUCAUACUAUUCAAAAGAAUCACUACAGGAUCAUGCUUAGAAAUUACUGGAGGAAAUCUUACUUACUUCACUCUAUAAGUUAUGAUUCAUUAUCAUCAUUGUUGGAAUCGUCAAAAGCCAAAAGAAUUGCAUAUGAUCCUGUUGCAAUGGAUUACCCAUUCAAAUCUCAAGGUUUUGGAAUUGAAUUGGGAGGUUCAGUUAAUGGCUUGGUUUGUUUAUGGUGUAAUGAGGAUGAUAGGGAAUUCUUAUGUCUUUGGAAUCCAGCCACUACAGAGUAUAAGGAAAUACCUAAAUCACCUAAUGAUUUGUCGAACGAUGUUACCGACCUUUAUGCAUUAGGCUAUGAUUAUUUAACUGACGAUUAUAAGUUGAUCAAAGUUGUAUUCUUCGAGGAUAAGGAGGAAAAUUCUCCAGUUGAUGUAUAUUCGCUGGCAACAAAUUCAUGGAGAAGCAUUCAAAGUAUUCCUUAUAGGUUCCCUUUUCCUAGAGAACCUGGGGUGCUUGUUAAUAGAGCUCUGCAUUGGUUAGGUGUAAAAAGUGCCAAAGACAGUUCCAAGGCUAUAGUCUCUUUGGAUGUCACCAAAGAGAGCUUUAAAGAAAUUGAACUACCAAGAGUUUGUUCGGAAAAUAAGCAGGAUUUUAGGAGUGUGGGAGUGUUUGAAGGGUGUCUAUGUGUCAUUGCUUUUAAUGACGUUAAAUCUCAUUUCGAUGUGUGGGUGAUGCGGGAUUAUGGAGUUCGGGAAUCUUGGAUAGUACACUUUUCUGUGAUCCAAAACUGGGCUGAGAUUGAUAAUUUUAUGAGGUUGAUGUGGUCUUUCAAGAAUGGUGAAGCUUUAUUAAGAAAUUAUGGUGAUUUACUAUUAUAUGACCCGAAGCAUGGAAGUAUUAAAAAACUACGCAAAUUAACAGAACUGAACGAAGUAGAAAAUUAUGUUGAAAGCCUGGUUCCACUCAACUCGGGUACCUAUGUGGGGAGAAAGAAAAAUAGAAGCGUCCGUAGAAGCACGAGGAAGAGGCCUCAAUUGGAUAAUGUGGGCAUGUGCUAGUUUUUCUUUUUGUGAUGGCUGAUAUGGGUCUGCAACUUUUAGGGAAUCAUAAACAAUGAGAAAGUUGGGAAAUAUAAAAUAAGGUAAGUGUUAUUCUGCAGUUUCUAUGUUUUUGUCAAUUUUUUUGGCAUAUACUGUACAAUGUAAUAGGACUUGUUAGCCGUUCUCGAGCAAUAUAAUUCUGAUAUAGAAAUUUGGAUUUUGUCAUUGA